AAAACAUAACAAUAAGGAAGAGAGAGAAAAAAAUGGCAAGAAUACGUUGUUAUGACAAAAAAAGUGGAUUAAAAAAGGGUACUUGGACACUUGAAGAAGAUAAAAAAUUAGCAGCUUAUGUUAAUAAAUAUGGCUGUUGGAAUUGGCGUCAACUUCCAAAGUUUGCUGGAUUAUCAAGGUGCGGAAAGAGCUGCAGAUUAAGAUGGCUUAAUUAUCUUCGGCCAAAUAUUAAAAGAGGAAACUACACUAGAGAAGAAGACCAGAUCAUCAUGAAGCUUCAUGCAGAAAUUGGGAAUAAAUGGUCAGCGAUUGCUAUUCACUUACCAGGAAGAUCAGACAAUGAAAUAAAAAAUCAUUGGCACACAUCUCUCAAGAAAAGAUCAAAACAUGAAUUAACAAUAUCUAAUGGAAAAAAGAGAGAGGCAAGUAAUGUCAAUCAAAAAAGUGAUGAAGACCAAAAUAUUACACCAAAUGAAUCAUAUAGUGAAGUUUCUCCUUGUGUUACAAUUGACCAAAAUAUGGAAGAUAUUAUGGAUGGAAAAUGUGAGAUGAUUCAAGAAAAAUCAUUUGAAGAAUGCAUUGGAAAUUUUUGGACAGAACCAUUUUUAAUAGAUAGUUUUAAUAGUACUACUAAUAAUAAUACUGAAUUUUGUGUGCCUUUAGAAGUUGAGUAUGGACUAUUUAUAUCUCCAUUUUCUCCUAUUAUGUGUUAUGAUGAAUUUCUAUGCUCAUAAUUAUAAUAGUUAGAAUUUGUGAAAAGAAAAUUCAAUAAGAGAGAUGGUAAUUAAUAAGUUGGUAACUAUUUGAUGCUUCCUCUU